AUGCUUACUUUGGUUACUUUGGACCGGGAGAGUGCCGGCCAGGCCCCCUCCACAGCCCUCAGGCCCCGCCUGGAGCCUGGAGCUGCAAUCUGGAAGCAGCGCUCAAGCAUGCCUAAUGAAGUUUUGAUUAAAAUCGUGAAUCUGAGUCUGGGGUUGCAGGAUCAUGAGGCAACCCUAUGCUUAGCUCCUGUGAAACCACCAUACUGCUGUCCAGAGGGGCUGUAUGAUUUUACUUCUCCACCAACAGUGAAUAGAAGCAGUUCGCUUCGGAAUCCAGGCUGCCUCUUACUGAGCAAGGCUGAAAUUGUAGGGUCCUUAUACCCUCACUUUGCCAGCCAAAAUCUGGCUCAGUGUGGGGCUGUAUCCCUCACUUUAUUUGUGGCAGAGGUCAAUAAGCAGUUAUACAGAUGCUGGUAUAUCAAUCCGCAGAAGACAGAGGAAGCACUGCUGGUUCUCAGUGCUGGAAUUAUCGGGCUGUUCUUCAACGUUCUGAACUAUGUCAUCUUCUUGGACUGCUGUUACUGCACUGCACCCAGGCCCCAGGGAGACAUUGAAACAGGUGAUUCCCUGAACAUCCAGAAUGAGCCUGAAGAGACCGUGAGAAAGGAGAAAAAGUCCGAAGCCUUGACUAUCAGAGGUGUACUUUUGCAUAUGAUGGGUGAUACCCUGGGGCCAGUGGUUGUGGUGAUCGUGGCCAUCAUAUUCUAUGUGCUUCCUCUGAAACCUGAGGACCCGUGUAACUGGCAGUGCUACAUUGACCCCAGCCUCACUGUCAUCAUGGUCAUCAUCAUUUUGUCAUCUGCCUUUCCACUCUUCAGAGAGACUGCAGCCAUUCUGCUACAGAUGGUCCCCAAGGGAGUCAACAUGGAAGAGCUGAUGAGCAAACUUUCUAGUGUUCCUGGAAUUAGCAAUGUACAUGAAGUGCACAUCUGGGAACUUACAAGUGGAAAGAUCAUUGCCACCCUGCACAUCAAGUAUCCAAAGGACGGAGGCUAUCAGGAUGCCAGUAUAAAAAUUCGAGAAAUCUUCCACAAUGCAGGAAUCCACAAUGUGACCAUCCAGUUUGAAAAUGUGGACUGGAAGGAAUCCCAGGAGCAGCAGGACCUGCUCUUCCUCUGCAGCUCACCCUGCAUCUCCAAGAGCUGUGCGAAGCAGCUGUUGUCCCCCCAGACACUGCCCUGGUCUGUCAAUAGCUGUGCUGAGCACAGUGACUCUUCCACUCUAGAUCUAUACCAAAGUGAUGGCCCCAGCAGAAGAGAUAUCACGGAAGUGGCUAUUGAAGUGUCUUUGGAUGGCCGUCUGAGUAACCACAGACUCGCUCUUAAAAAUACUCAAGAGGACCAACAUUAUGUAAACAUCACAUAUUUUUAA